CCGGCCGCGCUCGCCCCCCCCGCUCGGCGGCGACGCAGCGGCGCUCAGCAGGCGGCCGCCGCCUCCUCGGCGGGCGAGGCGCGACACCGCGGGCAGGGCGGCGCCGCCAGCGCCCGCGCGGCCCGGGGCCUGUCGCAAGCGGCGGCCGCGGGCGCUGCCGGGGCCGCGGAAGGGGCGCGGCGCGGAAGCGGCGAGCGCUGCUGUGGCGCGGCGGCGGCGGCGGCUCCUCGCCAUGAGGCGGCCGUUGGGCGGCGGCGCGCGGCGCUGGCUGCUGCCGCUGCAGCUGCUGCCGCUGCUGGGCGGCGCCUGCCCCUGCGGGGACCCGCGGCUCUGCGACCCCGUCACGGGCACCGGCGGCUUCGAGGUCUUUGUGUUUGAUGUCGGACAGAAAACGUGGAAAUCUUACGAUUGGUCAAAAAUUACCACUGUGGCAGCCUUCGGGAGAUAUGAUUCGGAGCUCAUGUGCCACGCUCACUCAAAGGGUGCCAGGAUAGUACUAAAAGGUGAUGUGUCUCUUAAGGAAAUUGUUGACCCUGCUAAAAGAGCAGCCUGGAUAUCCCAACAAGUGGAUCUUGCAAAAAAACAGUAUAUGGAUGGAAUUAAUAUAGACAUAGAGCAGGAAGUUAAUGAAACUUCCCCCGAGUAUUAUGCAUUAACAGAGCUUGUUAGAGAAACUGCAGCUGCUUUUCACAGAGAAAUUCCAGGAUCACAGGUAACGUUCGAUGUGGCUUGGUCUCCAGCAUGCAUAGAUAAAAGGUGCUACAACUACACUGGGAUUGCAGAUGCCUGUGAUUUCUUAUUUGUGAUGUCUUAUGAUGAGCAGAGCCAGAUCUGGACAGAAUGUGUUGCGAAAGCCAAUGCUCCUUACCUUCAGACUUUAGCUGGAUAUGAGGAGUACAUUACUAUGGGCAUUGAUCCUAAGAAGCUUGUGAUGGGUGUUCCCUGGUAUGGCUAUGAUUAUGUCUGCCUAGACUUAGAUAAGGAUCAUGUUUGUUCCCUUUCCAAAGUACCUUUCCGAGGGGCUCCGUGCAGUGAUGCUGCAGGGCGUCAGGUCCCCUAUGGAGCAAUAAUGAAGAAGGUGAAUAGUUCUAUUUCAGGGAUCCUGUGGGAUAAGGUGCAGAAGUCUCCAUUUUAUGAAUAUAAGGACUCUCUUGGUCACUUCCACCAGGUAUGGUAUGAUGACCCUCGCAGCAUCUCUUUAAAAGCAGCAUAUGCAAAGAAUCGAGGUUUAAAGGGCAUUGGCAUGUGGAAUGGAAAUAGUCUUGACUACUCGAGGGAAUCUGUAGCAGAACAACAAACUGAAGCAAUGUGGAAAGCCUUGACACCGCUUUACUUGCUCCACGAUUUACAUCCCACACUUUUUCAGAACUGUUUCACAACUGGAUUAAAGUGCAGCUGUGCCCUGCUGAAGUGACUCUGUUACUUAAACAAUUAAAUUAGAGUAGCAGAGGCCCUGGAGAAUGUUGAUACAGGUGAGGACAGAGAGAACUUUUGAAGGCGCACUGACCUGUUUUGCUUUUAAUAUUACGCUUAGGCUUUUUAGUUUACUAGUUUAGUUCUGCUGCUACUGAUAAUAUUAGUUUUUGUAAUACCUACUUCAAGAAGCAGAAUCAGGAUGGCUUAAGCUGUUUUUUCAUACAUUAAAAAACCAAGAACCUGAAGAACUGCCUGUUUUUUAAAUAAGACAGUUCAAUCUUGAAUUGCGCAAAUGUGCUUGUUGUUUCAAUACUUUAAUACUUAAAACUUUUGUUAAAUCUUUUCUUAAAAAAAAAUUGGAAAAAGGGUGGUUUGGCUCAAGACAUUGCAAGUUCCUCCUUUCGAGAGUUGCACAAUUUUCUUCCUCUAUUACUGAUUUCCUAUCAUGUUUCACUUGCAGUAAUAAACACAGUCCAGUCAGGUUUUUAGCUGACAUUAUUACAUUAAGCAGAACAAUAACAUGCUGGAAGUUAAUGUCUUGAACUGCAGGGAAGCAAACAUGAGGGUUGGAAAAAAUUAAUAGCAAGAGGAGGCUUCUGAUUAUUCUUUCAGAGAUUUGUUCUUGGAGCACAUGUACAAACUUGAACUUGAAGGAAAAUAGUAUACAAUACUGCAAGUAAAUCUGACCAAGAUCAUCAUUACUGUUGUCCAAGACAAAGCUUGCAUCUUCCACUAAUUAUAGAAUUGACUAUUCUCCAUGCAGGUUUCCUGUAAAAGGAACAAAAACGGCUAGCUAUGAAAUAAUCUUAUCUGGGAUUUUGUUCAUACUGCACAACAUAUUAGAAAUAUAUCUAUCUAUUUAUUAUCAAUGACAGAAAAAUACUAGUCAACAGCUGAAGAAAACUUACUAUUGUUCUAGUCCUACAGAAAAUGUAUUUUAUUCAAGAAUUAAAUAUGUAUGCCCCAAAAUCAGAACAGGAGACUUUUGUUUAUAGGAAUACUUGCUUAGCAAAUAUUUUGUUUACAAAAGACUAUCAACAUACUUGUGUGAUAUUACACAAUUCACUGAUUUGCACUUUUAAAAUAAUUUGGUUUUGUUUUAGACACAUUACUAUGUUAAACUGCAUGUUUAAUUAGCUGGGUAGUGUUACAAUAAGAGUGAGAUUUAAAGAGAAGUGAGUUGCAGUAUCUCAGUAGCUUAGUAUACAAAUUCCACAGCAUUUACAUAUUUGAUGUCUUUUUUACAACAGAACUUUAAGAAUAUAAAAACAAAAGCUUUGAAAUUUUGAGCUUCUAUAUACAUUACAGAGCUUCAGUAGACCUUACAGCUGCAAAGUUAUGUCAUCUCCUUAAAUUCCUGAUUUUCCAGACUGGAGAAUAAAAGCUGAAUGAAUCUUCUUCUGCGUCAGCUCUGCUCUCAGUGCUCGUAAAUCAGAUGCUGCCUGUUUUCUCAUCUACAGAAGAACCAGUAAUUUAAGGAAUUGUAAUUUACAGAAGUUUUUGGAGUUGACAUGCAUAUGCAUUUAAGAUUGAAUGUCAUGUGGGAUGGCUGCAUAUAGACUGUAUCUUUUCAUCUUUAAACUCUUGCAUGUCUAACUAGAUAGCCUAGUUCUAGCACUGCUGCCUUCUGUAGUUUGCCUUGGUGUUUUCAAGAGUCAACCCUGGAAUUCAGUCCUUAUUCCACUCCUUGUUAUACAAUGGCCCACUUUUAGGAAGUAUGAUGAGUACAGCCACUCCAGACUAAAUAAGUUGUAUGGGUAUUCUCUGCCACAUAGAAGAGACAGAUUUCAAGAAUUCAAAGCUGAAACACCAUCUCAUGUAAAUGCCUCUACUGUGCUCCACCUUCCUGAGGAAGCCAUAGGCAGCACCAUGAUGGAAGGUGAAGCAGGCUGCUCUCAGGCUGGACCGCCAUUUCCGUUUUGUUGCUUGUACCAGGAUUUUUUUUUCCCCCAACCAUGGUGUACCACUGAUCUGCACCUGACCUAAUAUGUUCCAUUAAAUUACCUUUACAAUGAAACAGGAAUUUUAUGAGAGACUGUGAAGCUCAGCUUACACAGUACCUUUAAAAUUUAAGUAAGUGCUUGAGUGUUGUGCAUUCAAAAUCAUCUAAUAACCUGAUGUUCUGGAGUAAUUUGGCUCAAGUGAUAAAGCUACAAUGACAACCAAUACUAUAAAUAUUCAAAAUAAGAACUGUUCAGCUAAUAUUUAUGUCUUCCACUGUCUGGGGAGAAUCUGCAUUUUUAUACAGAAUAACAUUUCCACUGUUUUAAUUAAAAGGCUCCCUAGAAUAAAGGCAGAGUACCUUGAUUUCUA